AUGCCCAAGGACUACCUGACGAGUCUUCCCGCCGAACUCUUCGACUACAUCUGUGACCUCGUCGUCAUCGCAAAGCCGAAGCAGUACCUCGGCGGCAUCUCGAAGGCCUUCCUCCCCUCAGCGCGCGAACGGACUUUCUGGAGUGUCCACAUCUACAAAGAGCCUGCUGCUAUCAGGUUUGUCGAGGCUCUCGCGGCCAGUCCUGGCGCAGCAUCGCACGUCAGGUACCUCACGCUCCAUCUCCCCGAAACCGCCUUCUCUUCCGAAGCCGCUGCACCCGUACUGCGCAGGGCGAUUUCGCAUCUCCGCAACAUCACAGGCCUGUCACUGAGCAGCAGCUUCGACUGCGCGGCCAUCCUCCCUCUCCUCGCAAACGAGCUACCGCAGCUUGACAAACUCGAGCUCGAAGCCAACGAAUCCCUCACGUCUCAACUCCUCAUCCAAAUCCUCAGCGGGCCCAAGAAGAUCGUCAAGCUUCGCACUCUCAGCUUGUCAACUUCGUACGGCAGCCGUUCUUCUGUGCACGCCUCGCUCGCGCCAAAAGCACUUAUCGAAGUCGUCGAGCUGGCGGAGCAGGAGAAGGUUGAAGUGAGCGGCGGCCGUUUCUGGGAUGCAAUCGACGCGAGGAAAGCGCGAGACGCUCGCUUGGAGGCUGAGGAAGAGGAGCGGCGAGAGAUUGCGAGGGCAAUUGCCCGGCGGGCAGCGCGGACGUGA